UCGGCGGCGAGAGCCGGCCUGCGACGCCUCUCCCGGCGUCCUCUUCCGAGCGCAGCGGCGGUGGCCCCCGCAGGAGGAGGAGGAGGAGCAUGUCGGACGGUUUCGAUCGGGCCCCAGGUGCUGGUCGGGGCCGGAGCCGGGGCCUGGGCCUGGGCCGCGGAGGGGGCGGGCCUGAGGGCGGCGGUUUCCCGAACGGAGCUGGGCCUGCUGAGCGGCCGCGGCACCCGCCGCCGCCGCAGCCCAAAGCCCCGGGCUUCCUGCAGCCGCCGCCGCUGCGCCAGCCCAGGACGGCCCCGCCGCCAGGGGCCCAGUGCGAGGUCCCCGCCGGCCCCCAGAGGCCUCCCCGGCCCGGGGCGCUCCCAGAACAAACGAGGCCCCCGAGAGCUCCACCUAGUUCGCAGGAUAAUAGCCCACAGCAGAAUUCGGAGUCAACAAUGGCUAAACCCCAGGUGGUUGCAGCUCCUGUGUUAAUGUCUAAGCUGUCUGUGAACGCCCCUGAAUUUUACCCAUCAAGUUAUUCUUCUAAUUAUACAGAAUCCUAUGAGGAUGGUUGUGAGGAUUAUCCCACUUUGUCAGAAUAUGUUCAGGAUUUUUUGAAUCAUCUUACAGAGCAGCCUGGCAGUUUUGAAACUGAAAUUGAACAGUUUGCAGAGACACUGAAUGGCUGGGUUACAACAGAUGAUGCUUUGCAAGAACUUGUGGAACUCAUCUAUCAACAGGCCACAUCUAUCCCAAAUUUCUCUUACAUGGGAGCUCGCCUCUGUAAUUACCUGUCCCAUCAUCUGACAAUUAGCCCACAGAGUGGCAACUUCCGCCAAUUGCUACUUCAAAGAUGUCGGACUGAAUAUGAAGUUAAAGAUCAAGCUGCAAAAGGGGAUGAAGUGACUCGAAAACGAUUCCAUGCAUUUGUACUCUUUCUGGGAGAACUUUAUCUUAACCUGGAGAUCAAAGGAACAAAUGGACAGGUUACAAGGGCAGACAUUCUUCAGGUCGGUCUUCGGGAGUUGCUGAAUGCCCUCUUUUCUAAUCCUAUGGAUGACAACUUAAUUUGUGCAGUAAAAUUACUGAAGUUGACAGGGUCAGUUUUAGAAGAUGCCUGGAAGGAAAAAGGAAAGACUGAUAUGGAAGAAAUUAUUCAGAGAAUUGAAAAUGUUGUCCUAGACGCAAAUUGCAGCAGAGAUGUAAAACAGAUGCUCUUGAAGCUUGUAGAACUCCGGUCAAGUAACUGGGGUAGAGUCCAUGCAACUUCAACAUACAGGGAAGCAACACCUGAAAAUGAUCCUAAUUAUUUUAUGAAUGAACCAACAUUUUAUACAUCUGAUGGUGUUCCUUUCACUGCAGCUGAUCCAGAUUACCAAGAGAAAUAUCAAGAGUUACUUGAAAGAGAAGACUUUUUUCCAGAUUAUGAAGAAAAUGGAACAGAUUUAUCAGGGGGUGGUGAUCCAUACUUGGAUGAUAUUGAUGAUGAGAUGGACCCAGAGAUAGAAGAAGCUUAUGAAAAGUUUUGUUUGGAAUCAGAGCGUAAGCGAAAACAGUAAAAUUGAAUUUCAGCAUAUCAAUUUUAUAAAGCAGUUUAGGUUAUGGUGAUUUAGCAGAACACAGGAAAGCAAGAAAAUGUGUCACACUUAUACCAAAUUAAGGAUGUUGAGUUAUGUUACUAAUGUAUGCAACUUUAAUUUUGUUUAACACUCUCUGCCAAAAUAAACUUUAUUCCCUAUAACUUAAAAUGUGUAUAUAUAUAUAAUAGUUUAUUAUGUACAGUUAAUUCC